UCCAAUUGCAUCGGCCUUUAUAUGCAGCUGCGCAUUUUCUUAACCCAGAAUUCUUUUACCUAAAAGCGUUAGAGGUGCAAAGAGAUUAUGAAGUGAUGAAUGGGUUUUAUGAAUGCAUGCAAAGGUUGGUCUCGGAUGUCACUGUUCAAGAUUUGAUCACUAAUGAGAUGAGUAUUUAUAUGAAGGUUGAGAGUCUUUUUGGCAAGUCUGUUGCGAUUAGGCAAAGAAAUACAAGAGCACCAGCUGAUUGGUGGGCAUCAUAUGGUUCUUAUACUCCAAACUUGCAAACUUUUGCCAUAAAAGUCCUUAGCCUAACAUGUAGUUCAUCGGGUUGUGAACGAAGUUGGAGUGUAUUCGAACAUCUUCAUAGCAAGAAAAGAAAUAGAUUGGAACAACGUCUCAAUGAUUUAGUGUAUGUCAAAUACAAUAGAACUUUGAGAUUUAGGUAUGACAUGCGCAACACUCUUGAUCCCAUAUCUUUGCAAAAUAUUGAUGAAAGCAAUGAGUGGUUGCUUGGGAGGAUGGAUGGAGAAUCAGAUGAAGAUAAUGAGCCUGUGUUUGAUGAUGAUGAUGGCUUGACGUGGGCCACUGUUGCUAGAGCUUCUGGAGUAGAAGAAAGUAGCCAUGCAAGUAGAGCAACAAGUUCACGCUCAAAGGCACAACUGAGGAUAUCUAAAUCAUCAACAUUGACUCCACUUCAAUUAAUAGAUGAAGAGGAAGCGGGCUCAGAUGACACAGAGGAGGAAGAUGUUGAGGGAUACAAAUCAACUGAUGGAGAAGAAGAUGAUAGUUUGCUUGCCAUUGAUGUUGAGGAUGAUGAUUGACUGACACCGACCUAACCUACCCUUUCUUUUGAUAUUGAUGUUUUUAAGUGUUAAGACAUAUAUUAGUAUUUGUUGGAUAUUUAUGUUUUAGAUGUUUAGUGUUUAUGUUUUUAUUUUAUUGAAUGUGGAUUAUUUGAUCUUUGAAAAUUGAAAUGUUAUGUAAU